AAGUGAUAACAUGUAACAAAGUACACCUGCACACCUGAGCAAAGCCACUCCUUGUCCAGAGUGGCUCAGAGAUGGUUGACUAGCUGAAGCAAGAGAAAAUGUGGCCUAGGAACAUACUGGUCCUUCUUCUGUUCUGCUAUGCAAGUCCCUCAACUGGAAAUGACCGCGUGUAUUUCAGGUCCAAAAACUUUAACAAUGUUCUUCACUGGGAUCCUGUGGAGCCUGCUUUUCCAGGCCAAAAAGUUCUCUAUAGCGUGCAGUACUGGAGGGGUGAUGAUCAGAACUACUUGAAAAAAAUGGAGUGUCAAAACAUCACCAGCCUGUCAUGUGACCUAACUGCAGAAACCCCAUCAGUGUAUGACGUUUACUACAAAGCUAAAGUAAUGGUUAAUGGGAGCUGUCAUGGCAUCACCACCUCCUUUAAUCCCUUGAGAAACACUGUCUUUGGUCCACCAGUUUUGUCUAUUCGCACAACAGCGUCUAGCCUGCAUGUCAACAUCACGGUGCCAAAGGGGCCAAAUGGAAAAUCCAUUCCAAAUAUCAUCAACUCCACCAAAAACGCUGUGCUGGAGUACACCUUAAAAAUAACCCGUCCACAGUGGGCUGCACAGGUCCUCAAAAGCAAAAAUAACUACUUUGACAUCAACUUAAAGUACAACGAGUCCGUCUACUGUGGCUAUGUGGUUUACAAAGCUACUCCAGAAUGGGGUCACUCAGACAGUGAGAAUGCAUCCUUCUGUGAAACUCUGCCAGAUGAUCCUCAUGUACCUUUUCUGUGGCCUAUCCUGGGUGCUGCUGUUCUGGCAAGCAUAGUCAUAAUAUCAGCUGUGUGUGUGUGCAACUAUGUGAAGGGUGGAGACUCAGUCAUGAUAAAGGCACUGGUAAUAUCCCCCAGCGAACGUAAAGUUAUGGAAAAUCCAGAUAAGAAUUGCAGGCUUUCUAACGUUUCUAGGAAGGACACAAACCAAAUAGUACACAACAAAGACAAUACAUCUAUAAGUGCUGAGAACUCUCCGUAUAGCCCGCAAAACCCUGUCACAAGUGCACAGUCUUCUGGAAGCUAUGCUGCGGUUGGAGUCCAGCCCCAGGAUUCGCUGUUUUCUGUGAAAGCAGAAAGCAGCGAAGAAGAACCCCAGAUGGAAGUAGGAAUUGUUCAACCAUUACCCUCAUAUGCUGCAAAACAACUACCCAACAUUAAACCAAGUUGGAGUGAUCCCGAGCAGCAGCCACUGGUGCUACAAACUGUAAGAGGCAACGAUGGACAACUACAACUCGCAUUUCAACUAGGUAACACAGACAGGAAGCUUCUCUUAUCAGACGUAACCUGCCAGGAUGGACCGUUUAACUCUUUUGAAAGAGUAGACAGUUUAGAUGGGAGAGAUUCUGGCUGUUAUGAUAGCAUGGUUAACACACCAACCAGCUUAUACUGCAACACCAGUUACUCCUCCGAAACAACGGUUCCUGAUUUUCAGCAAGAAUGUCAGACCACGUUUCCCGGUGAUGCCAUAUUUCAAUCAGGGUACAAACAAAACUGGAUGCCUGAAAGGCCACAUGGACCCAUCGACAUUCACAGACACUUGAACCUUCAUUAGACAAGAAAAAACACAAAGAGGACAUUAGGAGACAUGAAGGUCAGGUGUGAAAAGGAAAUGAAAAACUUUCCUACACCAUAAGAACAUUUGUCCAGUUUUUUACUCUAUAAAUCCACCUCCCCAGCAAUAUUGGGCAAAGACUGUUUUUCUCCCCUCGCUGGUGGAAGAAGAAGUUGACCAGAAAAAAUGGGAACUAGAAGGAAAAUGUAGAACUUUGAGAAAACAAGCAGAUUUGCAUGAAAGUGCUGAUGGUUAUGUAAAAGCAGUUCUGUAUGUAAAUUUUCACUCCUUCAUGUGACAAAGGAUGGUUUGUAGUGUUUCUCGAUAUUUUAUAUAUUACUAUUUAUAACUUAUAUGCCACAAAUUACUCAAGCAAAUAAUGCCAAAACAUAUGCAUGUACAAUGAAUGCAUUUGUGUGCCAUUGCCACAACUACAUAGAGAUUUGUAGAUCUGGUACAUUGUAACUAAUUUCCCAACUCAGACUUCUUUAAGGUUUGUCCUAUUUCCCUUUUAGCAAAUUCUGAUUUCUCUUAAAACUAUGGUUAACCCAACACCCAAGAGUCAAAAUAUUUCUUAUGAAUUUUUAUUAAUUGAAAGGUAACAGACUUCUCAAUUUGUGUCACAUAUCUACAAAUGCAGUAAAGUUCUCCAAGUAAAUGAGAUGUCAUUUACUCAUCUCACUGACUAAUGUUUUUACACAACUCAAAAUAUAGUUGUGCACUGUUUCACAAGAAAUUUGUAACUAGAUGAAUAAUUCAUUUAUUCUAACCACGUAUGUCCUCAUGGAUUAUUAUUUAUACAACGAGGAGAGGAGAUGUCAUCGUGUGUGUAUGAGAAAGCAGUCAGUGUUGCAUAAGUCUGACGGUAAACACAAUUUCACUAUUUUGAAACCGAGAAGACAUAACUAAUGAGGUAGCAUUUUUAGCUAGCCUGGUAAAAACCAGCCCCUUGCUCUUUACUUUGCUUCAUACAGAUGGUCGGGACCCUCAGAUAUUGAAAGACGACUUCUUGUUGGAGGCGUGUGUUCUGCUGAAGUUUUAAACGAUUAAAUCUCAUUUUACCCAGACGAUAACAUUUGACCAUGAUGUAUUUAAUGUGCCAGCUCAAUCAUGAAGAAAGCUAUGAUAUGAAGCUUACCAGAAAUUCUACACACUGUAAGCAACCAUCUCCCUCUGCAAAGAGAAAAGCGCUAAGUAUCCUACAGAGUUUCUUUUUCCGACUUUAACUGCUCAAUAUUUAGAAGUGUGGUCAACAUGGACUUCCUCUGCUGCCACUGCAAGACUCCAACCAUAGGCAGACUACAACUCUAAAACAACCCAGAAAUUCAAUAUUAUUGUUCAAAACUACUUUUGUUUGUGGAUUGGCUAGGAUGAAAUGCAUCCUGAGAAAUUGAGCUCAGUUGGAGAAAUCCCAGACAGACCACUGAAGGGAGAUGAGAAUCCAGGAGAUUUAUAUUGGAAGGCAAAUUUUAAGCUGUCUUUACCUCAGUUAACAUUACAAACAUUAAACAGUCUCCCUACACAUGUAUUGCAAGUAUUCAUCCUCCUUACAAUGAACUACUCAAAAUAAAGGCAUUGAUUUUUAAUUAUCUAUGUUUCGUUACAGAUUGAGUUGGACAAAAUUUUCACUAAUUUCCUAGGGCAUGUUUACUAUAUACCGUUCAAGUUAUUUAUGCAAUAUAGUUUUCAAAUACAUGUCACUGACCGUUAUUUUACCACAAUGCGACCAUCAGUCUGAAAGUUUUCUGAAAACAAACCUUGCUGUGCCAUUGUUUACCUAGCCACAAUGUAACAUUUGUCAGAGACAUAGGAAAAUAAGUGUUUUCAGUCUUUUGAAAUAGAUGGAAGAUGAAACUACAAACUAGAACAUUUUCCUCCCAUCGUAUUUCAGUAUUAUCUAUGAUGCAUAGAAACUCAUGCCUUACUUUGUGUCUUGAAAUAAGAAAAUGUUUUUCAAACUUGUUUUAAAUUUGUACAGAUUGUUUGCUGUUCUUUUAGUGAAGGAAAAAAUAACCUGUGCCACAAUAAAGUAAUAUUGGGAGGUGGUGUCGUGGCGCAGUAUAAGCCACACUGAUAAGAGCUUGGUUUUUAAAGCUUAAGUGCAAUCUUUUAUGUACAGCUGUAAAGUAAUAAUGUGAGGUGUGUUCAGAGUGAUAUGAGUAACUAUGUACAAAACAAUGAAAAUGUAUAUCUAUCGCUGUACAAAAUGUCACAAUUUCUCUUGAAUGUCUGUGUUGUAAAGUUAAAAUUAUGAGUGUACAUAUAUAUAUGUGUAUAUUUUUAAACUAGUGUAAACUUCCUUUACAUAAAGGAGAUUGUCAACUGUGGAAAACAAUAAAAUGUGAAUUCUG